CAACAGUCCAGAUUCGUCCACGUGUCUUCUUUCUCCUGCUUCGUACAUCUAUCCGUUAGCCCUAAACACCUCUCUCUCUCUCUCUUUGCUCUCUCUCUCUCUCUCUCUUGCAACUUCUCCGCCAUCGGAAGAGAAAUACUCCGAACGUUGAAGAAAGAUUAUAGCCAUUUCUGCUCCAAAUGGGGAAGCUACUAUGUGAUUCCACCACGGCUGUAGUAGCUGAGACGUUUCCGACCACCUCGCCGGCGGUUAAUUGGAGGGAGCCGAAGUCCGCCGCGCUAGACGCUAACGGAGCUCUAGAUCUUCUUGACCAAACGAGCGCCACCACGGCCGCCGUAGCCACCGCCUGGGACGACGUUCUUGGGCUUGAAGACCAGCAGAGAAGGCAGUUACAGAGACUUCAUGCCAAGGGCGUUCUCUGGAAGAAUCCGGAGGAUGAGGACUCUUCCUCCCCCUUGAGAUCCGUGGUGUUCCGGCUUUCGCAUGGCGGUGAGGUAUCUUCUGAUGGAAACUGCCUGUUUACGGCAUCUCAGAAGGCAAUGAGCAUGGCGCGUGAGGUCGACGCCCGCGAGCUCCGGCGGCGGACGGUGACGAGGUUCUUGGAGGAUUUUGGAUCUGCUAGGAUGGAGGAGAGAGAGGUGAUUAAUGACGCAAUUAGGCACCUGUACUCGCCGGAUCUGAAAAAUGGAUGGGGAAUCCAUGUGGUUCAGGAGAUUAAAUUGUUGGCCAAGAAAGAGGAUCGGGCGGCGUUGGACGGAGCAAUCGACGAGCUCGUUCAAAUCGGCAUGCAGAGAGAAACGGCAGCGGAGUCGAUUUACAAAGAAAGAUGUAUUCCGAUAAACGACGGUUCGAGUUGGGCGAAAUACAUGUCAAUUUCCGGUUCCCAUGGCGAUGAAUACGAUAUUAUUACUCUGCAAUACACAGAGGACGGAUUGUUAUCUGUGGAUGAGAACAGAGAAGGCCACGCCGCAGCCUUUGGGGAUGACAUAGCGAUUGAAUGUCUUGCAACAGAGUUCAAGCGUGAGAUAUACGUUGUGCAAGCACAUGGAUCCGAUGCGAUGGUUGAUGAAGAAAAUUGUGUCUUCUUUCUUCCACACCGUCCCAGGAGCGAAAUUUGCGAAGUUCCUUUCUUUCUUUUCAUGAAAGGAACAGGUUGGUGUGGCGCGGGAGCUGACCAUUAUGAGCCUCUGAUCGCCCACUGUUCUUCAUUCGUUUCGCAGGAGAAAGUGGCAGUUGUACUUUGAGUGAGGUCUCAUCUCAGUCUUGCAAUUUUGUGGCUUAGAUUUCAAGUAGAGAGAAUUAAUUAGUAUGUUCUAUUUAUAUUUUUGAGGAGGAGAGGGGUAUUAUUAUUUGGCAUGCAAUCAAGAGGGGGAGAAAUCAAUCUGGGUUGCAUAGCUUUUCCAUUUUUUUUUUGAGGGGUAGAGAAAGAGAUUGUUAGAAAAAUCAGUGUUUUGUCUGACUAACAUUUUGCAGGUUUUGCGCCUGCAGUUGAGUAGCUAUUUGUUGGGGGGGUUUUUCCGGCACAAUUUUUUUUUCUUUUCUUUUUUGGAUGAUAAUGCUGUUGUUGUUGUUGUUUUAAGUUGUUUAAUUGAAAAGAGAGAGUGCCUGUAUAGACACUGUUGUAGGGUGUUUAUUUUUUGGUGUCCAAAUCCAGGAAUACUGCUUCUUCUGCUGUUGUAUCCUUCAUUUUGUUGGUAUUUUUAAUGCUAUAAAAGCCAACUUUAUUCUUUUUCUCAUCA